AUGCUAUCUAAUAUCGACGAGAAAGAGAACUUGGCCCGCAUGGAGCGAGGUGAGCUCUAUUUCGCCUUUUCUCCAGAGCUGGUUGCUGCACGUAAAAGAUGCGGACGUAUCGUCGGUCAACUCAACCGCGCGGGAGAACUGUCCCGACGAGAACUGGCAGCAUACUGGAAAGACAUAACGAAGGAUCCUCGGCCUCUCCCACCUCCUGGUGCAACAGAUGAAGAAGAGGAUUCAAUCCUGCAUGAAUACCCAUGGAUUGAACGCCCUAUCAAUAUCGACUACGGAACCAAUAUCAAGGUUGGCAGUAAUGUUUUUAUCAACUUUAACUGUACCAUUCUUGAUACUUGCCUUGUGUCAAUUGGAGCGCGCACUCUCAUCGGCCCCAAUGUGUCUUUCUUCAGCGGCACCCACCCUUUAGAUCCUGAUCUUCGCAACGGCACCAAUGGACCGGAGUUAGGUCGGCCCAUCACAGUUGGAGAAGAUUGCUGGAUUGCCGGAAAUGUCACCAUCUUACCGGGAGUGACAAUUGGCGACGGGUGCACCAUCGGUGCAGGCAGCGUGGUGACAAAGGAUGUUCCUGAUUGCCAUGUUGUUGCUGGAAACCCUGCAAGAAUUCUUCGCAAGAUUGAGCGCAGUGGUACCUCAAAAUGUCAGGCUAGUGCUCAAAGUCAGGUCAAUGGUCCUUGA